UCUCUCCGGGUUCUCCGGCUUCCUCCCACCGUCCAAAGACAUGCAUGUAUGUCUGGAAUGCCAAAGGAACAGGGGCAUUUUGGGGAGCAGGCAACCCAUAGCACCUCAAAGACUGUCAAGGAUAAGAGUAACAGUGCCACCCUGCGGGCAUCCCAGGGUGGCACCGACAGGGAGCAAUUUGGAAUGGGUGACAUGAGCAACUGUAUGCUGCACUGUGAUUCAGAGAAGGAUGCUGAAAAAGACUCAGGGUACUCAGAGACUGGUUCAGACUCUGUGCACACUGAUGUAGACGACCAGCGCAGCAGUGUGAGCGAACCUCACUGGGAAAGCAUCAAAAGCUCGAACAACAACAGUGUGAAUGCUGCAGGCCACAACAUGCCUCCUUAUGAGGAGCUCACCUCCAUUUAUGUCAUCAAAAACCUGGUGGUCAAGCCGUCUAGACCGGAGCAGCUUCUGCAUGGCCCCCUUGCAUGGGGUGGAGGUUGGCACACCCUUACCAAUGCCAAAGCGCCCACCCAGCUCUUACUGAUCCAACAGCCAGCAAUGCCUGCCCCUUCCUCCUCUGUCCCACCUUCAUCCAGUCUAGCUGCACCACAAGGUCAAAUUAAGAAAGGAGGCAGCCUCAGCAACCAGAACCACAGCAGCAAGAACUCCUACCUGCCCAUCCUGAAUUCUUACCCUCGCAUUGCCCCCCACCCCAGGAAGGACAACCAUGAGGGCAAGGGUUCCAAAUGGGUAGAGGGGGUUAAGGAGAGUUUCAGUGAAGGCCAGAGCCAGAGCAAGAGAGUGUGCAUUGAGGACGAGAAGAAGGAGGCUGUAUUUACCACCAGCCACCUCCUGAAGCCCCAGCAGCAGCAUCAGAAAGAGGAUAGAGUCCAUUCCCACUUCCAGUAUAAAGGCAGAGGAGGACACAGCUCCUUAUCCAGCUCAUCUCACUGCUUGCUGCCCAGCCAUGCCUCCUCCACCACCCAACACAAGUCCCACCACUGCCAACAAAGCUCGGGCUGUGACAAUGUGGGCUCACCCUCCAUCUCCAGCUCCCAGACACCCUCACCGCCUUCUUUCUCCGACUCCUACUCUCCUCCUUCUUCAUCUCCCUCUUCAUCCACAGCUCAGAGCCCAUAUCACGUGGCUCUGGACAGCUCAUCCACUCGCCAUCGUCGUUUCCUCAACACAGCUGAGAUCCUGAAUCAGUCGGGCAUGCUGGCCAUCACGCUACGCACCAAGGAGCUGCUGAAGCAGAAUGCCACCACUGAGAGAGAAAUUGCCCAGCUCCGUCAGCAUACCCAUCUCCUGUGCCAGGUAGCCCAGGCCAGCCAGAACGGGUGCAACGAAGGCUCAGACAGCCUCGACAAACUCCUCCAGGCCAUGAUCAAGUCAGGCUGCUAUCCCAACUUAGACUUAAAUAAACAGAAAGCGCUCAUCAGCAGCCACCAGCAGAGCAAAACUAGAAGUGAGGAAGACAAAGAGAAGGAUAACAACAUAAGAACCACUAAGACACAGAGCAACCCACCGCGGGUGGUGUCUUUACACAACAUAGAUGAUGGAACAUCACCACCCUCUCCGCUGUUUGCCCCCUCGCCAGACACAAAAGAAAGAGAGCAUGCUGAUGGUAUUCUGGACCCCAUGUCCACCUCCCUCUCUGUUUCUUUUCCCAGGUCUGUCCCUGAACAGGGACGCUAAUAAGCAGUCAUGGACAAGAGCUUAAGUGAUCUUACGAUGUUGCCAGAGAGCUCAACUCACAAACUAUCUCCUAUAGCCUCGUGGGGAAGAGGACAUGGACCUCUAAUGACUGGCAGUGUUACAUGUGGACCUAGCAAUACAGGAGAACAUGUUUUUUUUAUUGUGCAAAAUGUCAGUGUAAAGCUGAAUAUGACUAGUUGAAAGGGUAGAAUGAUGACUUUUUGAUUUACACACAUGAUUUAAUGUUGAACAUGAAUAUGAAUAUUUUCAUACUUUUAAGUCAGGGAUUUGCUCAUUUCAGGUGUCCAAUUUUCAUUUGUAUUUUCAUCUUCUGUGGACAGCCCUGUCAUUUAGGUGGUCAUAUUCACUGUCAGUAAUGGAUGUCCAAUAUGUCCAGUAUGUGACAAGAAGCAGUCAGACAACUGAAACAUGUUUACAAAGAAAUAGAAAACAUGAGUUAAGUACUGUUGUCAUCACUACUCAGGUCUGUUCCCGGCAUUUACAGUAUAAGCUUUUGCUUUGAUGUGUUGCUUCUAAGAGUUUGACAGAAGAAAAGAUCACUUCACAAAGAGGCUGACAAGCUUUUAGUAGUUAUCCCAGUGUUUUACGAUUACGGUGGCUCAGUUUUCACUAAAGAGUUUCAGUGUGCUAUACUCUACUUAAAGGUGGGGUAUGUGAUUCUGGAGAAAUCAAAUACCAUGACAAAUACCAUGAUAUACACAGCAAGUAAUGUAACUAAUGUUAGCCUGGUUGUGGGUUAGCAAACUGUCGCUACAG